ACAACUAUUCAUAACAGUGAAUUUCAUUCGAUUCAUUUCCGUAUAUGUAGAUGUGUCUAUCCGGGCGUGGCAGGAGGGAAGUCAUUCUGCAUCACGUGUAUUUCAAAGCCUUGCAACACGGGUCGGAGUUCAGUAAAUACUGAUGAUGUCAUCGCCUGAAGAUGGCUGAAGGAGAAGGCUGGUGGGGAGGCUGGCUUCAGCAGAGCUACCAGGCCGUCAAAGAUAAGUCCACGGAGGCCUUAGAAUUCAUAAAGCGAGACCUGACAGAGUUCUCCACCGUGGUUCAACACGACACAACCUGCUCAAUUGUGGCUACGGCCACGGCUGUCAGGAAUAAGCUCGCGGUGGAAGGGUCCUCUGAGACCUCAGAAAAAGUGAAGAAGAGCCUUUCUAGUUUCUUAGGAGUAAUAACUGACACGCUCGCUCCGCCACCCGAUAAAACCAUUGACUGUGAUGUAAUCACGUUGGUGGCGACGCCGUCAGGAACUACAGAAGUCUACGACAGUUGUAAGGCGCGUCUCUACAGCUUGCAAGCGGACCCUGCUACGUACUGCAAUGAGCCGGAUGGUCCCCCGGAGCAGUUUGACAACUGGCUGUCCAGAUUCAGCUUGGAAGACACAAAGACAGAAAUCUCAGAGCUUCUGGUCACCAGUCCUUCUAUACGAGCCCUUUACACAAAAAUGGUGCCGGCGGCUGUAACACAUUCAGAAUUCUGGCAGCGGUAUUUCUACAGAGUCUUUCAGUUGGACCAGGAGGAGGCCAGGAGACUGGCGCUGAAGCAAAGGGCGGAGCAGACUACACACACAGAGACCCUUGGCUGGGAGGAAGAGGAGGAAGAUGAUUUCCUCGGCGCUACGUCAUCAUCUCGACUGAACCUGACCCCACCCCUGGACAACAGCUCAACCCGGCCCCCCAUCACCCCGAGUGCUCCCGCGGGAGCGGCUCUCCUGAGCUCCGUCCCGUCCCCCGCCGAAGAGCGCGACGCCGCCCUCUCCGGCAGCAGCGACAGCGUCAGCCUGCCGACGCAGGUUUCGGCGUGGCGGGAGCCCGUUGCCGCGGAGCCCGUUGCCGCGGAGCCCGUUGCCGCGGAGCCCGUUGCCGUGCAGCCCGUUGCCACGGAGCUUGCCGAGAAGCUGACCGAUGCCAGCUUGGAAGAUGCCGCGGGCAAGAUGCAAGCAAAGCAGAGGCCCGGGAAGAGGGACUCGCCAGAGGUCACCGUCGAUGGGGCGUCCGUGCGGCCGUCCGCCCCCACCGACAAACCAGACGCGGCAAAGGAGGAGGGGCUGCAGGACCUGAGAGUGUUUGAGCUCAAUUCCGACAGCGGGAAGUCUUCGCCCUCUAACAAUGGCAAGAAAGGGUCCAGCACCGAUGUGAGUGAGGACUGGGAGAAGGACUUUGACUUGGACAUGACGGAAGAAGAAGUCCAAAUGGCACUCUCUAAAAUAGAAGCUUCUGGAGAGAUGGAUGAAGACUGGGAGAACUGGGAAUGAGAGCCACUGCAACAGAAACUCUGUUCAACCAUUAACGCUAGUUCUCGGCCGACGAACUAUGCUUACCGUGUUUUAACUCUUUGUCCACACUGUCACCAUGUCAUGAUUGUCAGUAAGGGAUGUCCCGGCGGGUUUGGACCAUAUUGGGGAACCUGUUAAAAAGAGUAAGGCAAUAAGAAUCACACUGCUCUGUCAGGCCAGCGCAGACUAAUGGCUCUUUGCUGUUUCUUGUAGCUUCUGACUUCGACACUACAACACUAGUCACUCCUUUAUUUUAUUUUUCAAAGCUUGAAGGACGCGCAGCGACGAGUCCGAAUGUGAAAGGUACCCCUGCAGCAAGGAAGGAGCCAUUUCCCCCUUUUCAUUAUGCCAUAAUAAAACGUAUGUCGCCAGUGCAUUGCAGGUUGGGCAACGAUGUAACGGCAGGCUGCAAAAUAGCCAUAAACUAUAAUGCUGCUUGUCAACGCUUGAUGAUUGAAUGCUUCGUUUCUACCCGUGCCCCCGUUGUUUCCUUCUCAUCUUUACAAUGCGAGAGAAUCUUCAAAAUGAAAACAUAUAUAUAUAUAUAUAUAUAUAUAUAUAUAUAUAUAUAUUGGCCUUCUUUCACAGAGCACUUUUCAUCUUGGAUUCACUCCCAACUCUAGACAUACGGCCUUGUAAAACAUUCUGCAGUGUGAUGUUAUCCAAAGGUUCCGCUGCGCCGCCGGCUGACCCGGCGUUGGUUCUUUCCCCGCUCUUUGUCAUAUCAUCUUAUUCGUUGGACUAAUGUGAGCUGGUUGGAGGCUGUAACUGUGUCGCCUUUUGAAUAAGUUGUUUGUCUUAUUUGGGUCGUGGGAAUUCAUUACUUUUGACUUUGCUGGAGCGAGGUGGCGUGCGAGCAAACCGAGAGAAUGCAUGUCGCUCCCGUUGUCGCGGCGGCAGAUUCUUUGCUUUGAAACUGAGGGUUGCAGGAAAUGUGCCAACAGGCCGAGGAGCAACGGGCGCACUAUCCAUCCUUCUCUGAUUUCCUUCUCUGUCAUCUGUAAUGUGCGCGAGGCAAAAGUACUAGAGGUGUAAUAUUUAUACUAAAAUAAAUGCUUAAUUAUUGUAUGAUGUGCUUUGGAUUGCAUGUCUGUGCAAUACCAUGCGGGACGUUGUGCAGAUGUGUCAACGUUGAGUUGUAUGUUUUCUGGUGAAGACACAGGCUGUUCUUCAGGUUCUUGUGUUCUCACAAUGUGUUGCAUGUCUAUAAUUCUCUGCUGUGUAUUCCCUUCCGAUUCACACGUUGAACUAAUCGAAGCUGUUCCACACUCGUCUGUUUUCAAAUCAGAUGUCAAGUUCUUUCUUUUUUUUUUCUUCUUUUUUUUCCCCCCCCCAAAGUCAAUUAUUUCCCUUUUGUUUAUUUUCAAAUGAUCAUUGUUAUUAAAGGCUUCAUGGCUAGUG